AUGGAAUCAGGCGGACCAUCAGGGGAAGAGGAUCAAUGGGUACAUUGGGAGGAUCUCAUAGAUGGCCUGCUUGAUCCGGACUCUGACGAGACAGACUCACAACCGAUUACCACCAAUGAUGUGUAUUCCUCAACGGACCUCAAUUCUGAGGGGCCCAAUGUGGAUACAAUGGGUGUUAAUGAAUCCAAAUCUAAGAACGUUCGGUUUGUCAAGAUUACCGAACAAGUGGCUACAUUUUUACUUAUCGUCUAUCAAGGUCACACGAUGAGGGUGGUGGCUGAUAGGUUGCAAAGAUCACUUGAAACAAUUCAUAAAUAUUGUCAUCAGACAUGCAGAGCACUUUGCAGGCUUGGGAAGACAGUCAUACAGCCCACAGCAAAAGCCACGCCUCACCCACAUGUCUCCAGCAAUGGCAAAUUCUACCCAUGGUUUGGGAACUGCAUUGGUGCAAUUGACAGCACGCAGAUUGACGCUGAGGUUAGGGGUAUGAGCACCGUGCCAUACUGUAGUAGGAAGAAAAAAGCCAUGCAAAAUGUCAUGUGCGUGGUCAACAUGGACCUCUGCUUAACGUAUGUGUAUGCUGGAUGGGAAGGAAGCGCACAUGACUCGCGGUACUUUUACUUGGCGGAUUCAGGAUACGGCUGCUCUAUGCGGUUCAUGCCACCAUAUCGCAACGAGAGAUAUCAUUUGGCCAGUUUUCAGGGUAGACGUGGUGGUCCCAGGGGUAAACUAGAAACAUUUAAUUGUAGACACUCCUCGCUACGAUCAAUAGUAGAGCGAGCGUUCGGAAUUAUGAAGAGACGGUUCCGUAUCCUAGACAGAAUGAACCCAUAUGCAACUGACUUCCAACGACUUAUCAUAGUUGCAUGCUAUUGUAUUCAUAAUUUUAUACGCAAGGAUUGCGGAGAGUUCGAUGAGUUAUUUAAAGAAGCUUUACAACAGAUGUACGGGGAAGAAUGGUACAAUCUAUCACGUUGCGAUCAUUUACCAUUCGUGAGGACCGUGAUACCGGGACAUCUGCCGGACCGAUCUGUCGAGAGUAAACGGUAUAUGGAGCUUUACCGGGAUGCCAUGUGCGAGAGCAUAUGGAACUCUAUGCACAAGGAUUGA